AAAAAGAACGUGAAAAUCAAUUGAAUUGGGUUAAAUCAGAAAUUUAUUAUUUAAAUCAAUUACGAUUACUUUUAGAAGAUCAUUUUAAUGAUCAAGCAUCAGCAUCAGUUGUAAUCAAUCCAACCACUACGACUACGACUACCACCACGACUCAUCAAGUGUAUGCAGUGUUUUCUAAUUCGAUUAAAAAUACAUCAUCAUCUUCAUUAAGUAGUGCAAGUUCAUCAGAAUCACAAUCAGAAAUAGGUAAUAUCAGACCAUCAUCAACUUUAUCAACCUCGUCUAGUAAUUAUAAAUCCAGUCCACCUAAUCCUAAACAAAAUGAAAUUGAUAAAAUCAUACAAAAGAAUUAUAUCUUUACUGAAUCAUCAAAUAAAUCAAAUAGAAGUAGAAGGGGUAGAACUGAUCGAGAUUUACAAAGUAAAAUUAUUGCAAAUAUUAAGGAUGCACAAGCUAAAGAGAUUUGGAAACUUGAUCAACAGGUGCAAAGAACUGUAGCUGUUGACACAGUUGCUGCUAAAAGUAAAAAUAGACGAUUGAAAACUAAUAAAAUUACUACAGCUAAUCAUCAAUCAAUAUUAGAAUCAAUUGAAGCAAUAACAACAAAUUAUAACAUGGCAUAUGCUGAUUCUAAUUUAUGUAAAAAGUCCGAAUUCUCUGGAAGAACUUUAGGUGUAGAACUUGAUUUACCAUCAAAUCAACAGGCACAAAGUACUGUAGGUGCUGAAACACUUGUUAAAAGUAAAAAUGACCGAUUGAAAACCAAUAAAAUUACUACAACUAAUCAUCAAGAGUCCGAAUCUUCAGGAGAACUACUGGAAUUGGACUCAUCAACAAAAAGUACAUUUAAUGAUCAUAAACAAUCAAGGACGGCAACCAAUAGUAGUCGUAGUAGUUAUGAAGAAAAACAUAAUAAACAAAGAAAUAUUAUGAAACAUCACCCACAAUUAGCAGUAAAAGUUAAUCCAACUGUAGCAAUUCAAACAGAAACAUGCAACGAAAAUGUGCAAAAAAAUAAUGUCGACUGUUUUUCUAAAGAAAUACAAGAAAAUAAAAGUCAAGUAGAAGAAAAUCUUGUUUGUUCUAACUCUAAGAAACAUAAACAAAGACCUCCACAUUUGAUUGGUGAUAACACAAACAUGAUCAUACAACAUUGCAACGAAAAUCUGAAAAAGAAUUGUAUCGACUGUUAUUCUAAAGAAAUACUGGAAAACAAAGGUCAAGUAGAAGAAAAUUUUGUUUGUUCUAAUUCUAAGAAGCAUAAACAAAGACCUCCACAUGUGAUUGGUGAUAACACAAAUAUGAUCGUACAACAUUGCAGGAAUAGUUCAACACAAACAUCAUAUCAGAAAAUAACUGAUAAUAAUAGUAACGCUAGCAGUAGCAGUGAACAAUACCCUUGUAAAUGUUGUAAAAGUGUAAAAGUAAAUCAAGCCACACAAACUUAUUGUAAAAGUAGUAGUAGCAGUAAAAAUAAAUAUUCAAAUGAAGAGGCUAAGAACACAACAAAACAUAAACACAAAACGAAAAAUCAAUUGACUUCUUUAACUUUAAAUACUAAUAGUUCAUCUUACAACUCGUCACCAUCAUCUGGACAUGCGCCUGCACCUGUACCUCAACAACCAACAAACUUAAACUAUAAACAUUGUACAUGCAGUCAACAAGGUGUACACAGUAAGAAUUCAAUUAACCAGCCAACAUCACCAUCACUUUAUUUACCCUUAAAAUCAUCCACUACGGAAAGUCAACAAAAUUCUUCACGUCAAUUUAGUAAAACUUCAUCAUUCGCUUCACCUGAAAUUGUUCCUGAAUCUGGUACUAAUUCUAUUGAAUUCAUAAAAAAUACUCAUAAACCUCCUUCAGUACCUGUAGCUCAAAAAUUUAUAAGUAAUUAUAAAUCACGUGAAUCAUCGUCUAACUCAAAAGAAAGACAGUACGCGCAUGAUACAAAUUUAAUAAAUUAUAAAACUUGGCCUUCACAUUUAGAAUCAAUGAAGAAAGUAUUGGAUAUGGAUAAAUUUGUACCAAGUUCAGAUCGUAUCGUACAACAAAAUACAAAUAAUUUAAAAUUCACAAGAAAACCUUCAAGAAGAACAUCAAAAGAUUCUGAAUAUGAACAUAAUGUAGAAAAGUAUUCAUCUGAUUCCACUGAUAAAUCAAUUGAUAUCAUGGAUAAAUAUUUAACAAUGACCAAGAAAUGUUCAUGUAAACAAGUUGAAGACCCUUUACCAGUACCUUCACCUUCACAGUUAGAUGUACGUAAUGAUCCUUCUUGUUAUUCUACAUCUAAUUAUAACACACAACUACCAGACACCAGGUCUCAAAAUUCAAGAGGAUUGUGUGAAGAUUUAUCAAAAGAAUCUCAUGGUUUUAAGGAUUCUCCAGCUGCAUCCUCAUCUCAUCAUAUUUAUUCAAAUCAUUCAUCAAUACAUUAUUAUAGUAGAAGGACAUCAUCUGAAAUAAUAACAGCAGAAGAUGUUGCUGAGCAAAACAUAACAACAAAACAUGACGAUGACGAUGACGAUGAAGGUGAAUAUGAAGAAGAACAAUUACAUUUAAGAUCAUCUACAUCUGCUGAAUGUAUGUAUGAUCAUUCUAAAUGUAAUUGUAUAGGAACAGCUUCAUCACAACUACAUUUACAUAAAAGAAUACAACAGAUGUUAAAUCGUUGUACAACUUGUUCAGAACAACAGCAACAACAACAAACAUCUAGUUGUUAUAAUAAACCACAAAUAAAAUAUUGUAGUGAUUGUUAUUGUCAAUGUUUAUUAUAUUUUAAUUCUAAUCAACAACAACAAAGUUUAUUAUGUAAUUCAUGUAAAUUAAAACAACAACAACAACAACAAUUUGGUGGUGGUACUCGUCGUCGAAAUCAUAAUUCAAUAGCAUACUUUUUAAGAAUUGAAUCACGUGAUGAUUUAAUACUUGAAGAAGAAGCAACAAACUGUAAUCAACAAAAUAAAUCAACAACAAUUGAACAAGUUAAAAUUUACAUACCAAAGUUGAUCAAGAAUAAUAGUGGUCAUCUUAUAUCGAAUAAAAAUCAGAAUCAUCAUCAUAAUCAUGUUAAAUAUGUAGAAGAAAUUGGAUUCAAUCACAAUGAAAAAUCAUUUCAAUCAUUACAGGAAUAUUUAUCUAAAAAUAAACCAGAAUUUAUUGAUGCCGCAGCUGAUAGACAGCAAUAUCUGAAAGAAAUAUCUGAAAAACGACAUAAGCAUACUAACACUAACAGUAACAUGAACACUAGAAAAAAUCAUACUGCGGAAACAAAUUAUAAAUCUAAAAAAACCAAAAUAUUUUCAUCGAGAAAAAUGAAAGAAAUUACAUACAGAAAAUAUCGAACAUUACCUGAGGUUCAACAAAAAAUGUAUAAUAUGAAAUUAUUUCGUCAACGACGUGCAAAUCGUUUGAUGAUGGAAUUGUUUAAUAAGAAACUUCAACAAAAGGUUCAUAAAGGAGAAUUGGAUUUAUCAUUAACUAAAACAUUAUUAUAA